UGGCUGGACUGUCAUAAUAUCUUGACAGAAAUAACAUUUUGUACAUGGUUGUUUGCUGCACAGGCUCCCCCGGAACCACUGGCACCAGCGGCAGCUCUUCCAUCCAGCUCUCCCAGAUUUGCACACCAUGAUACAAACGCCAUGUGCUGUCACUGACAGCUGCUCCUAAGUGUGCUGCCUCUCUCCUCCGCUCCACUCACCUCUCUCUCAUCCAGGCUCUGCCACCACAACUGAAAACAAUUCCCCGCUGACGAUGCCUGCGUUUCAUUGGCUGCUGAGCCACAGGAGUGGAUGCGAGCGAAGCAAGACUGUGAGAAGAUGCAGCGACUCCGCCACAUCCUACCAGACUGAGAUGAGGGAGGAAAGGAAAGACACCCAUAUGCUGGACACAGAUUCUGGACAACUUUGUUUGAUAGUGAAAUGACUUUCCUACAUCAACCUUGUUUACGGAUCCUCAUUGAUCCGCUGCCCCACAGAGACUGAGCAGCUGACAGGGAUCCCCUCUUGUGUGUACUUAGAUCCUUUGUCUGCCAAGUCUUCAGGAUCCCUGCUGUGAACAGCCGUGGAUUGUAACCCUUGCCGCGUCUCCUCUGGAAUGUUGUGAGCUUCACACUCCUGUGGGCAACGUCCCACCUGGGUCAAGAUGCCAGUGAUGAAGGGGCUUCUGGCCCCCCAGAACACCUUCCUGGACACCAUCGCUACCCGCUUUGAUGGCACUCACAGCAACUUUCUGCUGGGUAAUGCCCAGGGUCACCGUGGCUACCCCAUCGUCUACUGCUCCGAUGGCUUCUGCGAGCUGACAGGCUACACCAGAACCGAGGUGAUGCAGAAGAACUGCAGCUGCCAAUUCCUGUACGGCCGCGACACCAGUGAGCAUGUGGCACAGCAGAUGGAGAAAGCCCUUCAGGGCCGUGAGGAGUACCAGGCUGAGGUCCACUUCUACAAGAAGAAUGGGAUACCUUUCUGGUGUUUAUUGGACAUUGUGCCGAUAAAGAAUGAGAAGGGUGAGAUGGUUCUGUUCCUCUUCUCAUUUAAGGACACCACUGACACUCAUGGAAUCGUCCAUCACAGCAACAAGAAGGAAGUUGUAGAGGACAAAACACACAAGAGGAAAAGCAAUUCUCACUUGAACGAGGCCAGGAAGCGAGGACGCACGAUGCUGUACCAACUCACCAAUCAGUUCUCAGGCGGAGGCAAAGGCGAAGUGAACCUGGGCACUGGCAUUAUUGAUAAACCUUCGAUACCGGAGUACAAGGUUGCAGCGGUGCAGAAGUCUCGCUUCAUUUUGCUCCACUACAGUGUCUCCAAAGCGCUGUGGGACUGGCUUAUCCUAUUGGCCACCUUCUACGUGGCUGUGACUGUACCCUACAAUGUCAGCUUCACACCGUACGAUGACACGGUCACUGCUGGCCGCUCUACCAUCGUCAGUGACAUAGCCGUGGAGAUGCUCUUCAUCUUGGAUAUCGUCUUAAAUUUUCGCACGACAUAUGUCAGCCAUUCGGGCCAGGUGGUGUAUGAAUCACGUUCCAUUUGUAUUCACUAUGCCACCACGUGGUUCUUUGUGGACCUGGUUGCUGCCCUUCCCUUUGACCUUCUGUAUGCCUUCAACAUCACAGUGACCUCCCUGGUCCAUCUGCUGAAGACAGUACGUCUGCUAAGGCUCCUCCGCCUGCUUCAGAAACUGGACCGUUACUCUCAGUACAGUGCCAUGGUACUCACACUACUGAUGUCUGUGUUCGCACUGCUGGCUCACUGGAUGGCCUGCAUCUGGUACAUGAUCGGACGCAAGGAGAUCGAGACCAAUGACACCUGGGACAUCGGUUGGCUUCACGAACUUGGCAAGCGUCUGGAGAUGCCGUACAUCAACAGCACUGUGGGCGGCCCAACAGUGCGGAGCUCCUACAUCGCUGCCCUCUACUUCACCCUCAGCAGUCUGACCAGCGUGGGCUUCGGCAACGUCUGUGCCAACACUGAUGCUGAGAAGAUCUUCUCCAUCUGCACUAUGCUUAUUGGAGCGCUGAUGCACGCUGUCGUGUUCGGAAACGUGACAGCAAUCAUCCAGAGGAUGUACUCCAGGCGCUCCCUGUACCACACGCGUAUGAAGGACCUGAAGGACUUCAUCCGUGUCCAUCGACUGCCGCAGCAGAUCAAGCAACGUAUGCUGGAGUACUUUCAGACCACUUGGUCCGUCAACAACGGCAUCGAUGCAAAUGAGCUCCUGCACGACUUUCCUGAUGAGCUGCGAGCUGACAUUGCCAUGCAUCUGAACAAGGACAUUCUCCAGCUGCCUGUCUUCAAAGGAGCCAGUCGCGGCUGCCUGCGCUCUCUCUCGCUCCAUAUCAAGACCUCCUUCUGCGUCCCAGGAGAGUACCUGAUCCGUCAGGGUGACGCCCUGCACGCCAACUACUUUGUCUGCUCCGGGUCUUUAGAGGUGCUGAAGGAUGGCAUGGUUCUGGCUAUAUUAGGUAAAGGAGAUCUGAUUGGAUCGGAUCUACCUGGGACCGAUCAUGUGAUUAAGACCAACGCAGAUGUGAAGGCUUUGACCUACUGUGACCUCCAGUACAUCAGUGUGCGUGGCCUGAAGGAUGUCCUAGAGCUCUACCCUGAGUAUGGCAGCGUGUUCUCCUCCGACAUUCACAACAACCUGACGUACAACCUGAGGGAAGGCAGCCAGGAUGAGGGCCACAACAGGUUCUCAAGGUCACCCAGGAUUUCUCACGAGCCCAGACUGGAUUCUUUAAUAGAACAGAACAAAGCUGACGAUCUAAGUGAUGCCUUCCAUCUUUCUCCUUCAACACGUUCACGCCGAAACCUUCUGCUGCCCAACUUCAGUAGCCCUGUCCGCCGCACAUCCUUGGGAAACCUGCUUGGGGAUGAGCUGCGCCAGUUCAAUGCCCUUCGCCAUUGCCGCUCCCCAAAAGUCAGUCGCACUUUAAUGGGACCAAGCUCGUCUCCGCAGCCUUCAGCAAAACAAGAGCACGUCAGCUGUGUAGCUACCUCUGCUGCUGCUACAACAUCCUCCAGAGGUGAAACUGGAGAUGAGCAGAAGCCUUCCAACCUACUCAUUCCAACUGUCACAUGUUUUGGACCGUCUGACCUCAGUCCAAGGAUUGUGGACGGUAUCGAAGACAAUGGCCACACGUUUCAGUUCAACACGGAUCACAGCCAACCCAAAGUCAAAGCAGGUGGCGGGAGUCAAGAUCCAAUACAGGUGAACACAACACUGCUACAAGAGACUGAGGAGAUCAGGCAGAGCAUCAGUCAGCUGCACAACAAGAUGGCUGCAAUAAACCAGGAAGUAUCAGAGCUCACCAGGGUCCUCCACCACAUGAUGCAUCUUCUUCAGGCUCAUGUAUCGGUUCAUCAGUACCCGUACCCUUACAGCAUCCAGAUUCUACCCACUGAUUGUGCCUCAGCUUCCAAAUCAGCAGUGGUGACCACAAAGUCUAAUGUGUACCUCCAAAACACUCCAAAAGGGCAGGCUCCUCCCUGGAGUUACAAAGGUCCAGAUGAUGCACAAACAGAGAUCCACCACCCACUCCAGUCCUCCACUCUUCCACCUGUUAACUCCUACUUGCCUCUUUCUCCUGACUCUGACCUUGGCACCGGCCAGUGGGGUCAAACUCUUCCUCUCAGUAACAGCUCACCUUUCCAGACUGGAAGUCCCGGACUGGUUUCACACGUUCAUCAUGAAGACAUUUCUACGGAAGGUCUGGCUGUGAACUCGGACACUACGACCAUGGUUCACGCCUCGUUCUGCAUGCAGCCACCCAGUGACACGUCUUGCCUUUUGAGCUGCACCAGCACGACAUGCACUCCUCCAGACAUAACAGUGGAAACCGCAUCCAACUCCUAUUCUCAACUCAGCCUGCCACCUGAAUCUCAUCUGGACUCAACACAAGCUUCACUGGAGGGCAUUUGCGUUCUCAUGUCCAACCCUCACACGAUAACCCAGGACACUAACUUCCAACCAGAACCCUCCAUUUUUCCAUCACAAAUACUGGGGGUCCCCUUCGCCAAUGUUCCUCGGGGCACACCACUUCUCCACAUUCCACUCACAGGCUCAUCUCCCACAGAACACACAAGUUUGGAAUGCCUCCUGGGGAACAGAGGCUCUUUAGAGAGCAGGGAGAGUGACUGUGCACCAUCUCGGAGCUCUCAUAUCGGUGUUCGGACUCAGCGCACUGAGCAGUCGUGGUGUGACUGAGUCAGCCCGUGUGAGCCUUCACCGGACUCAGCUGGAGAUUGGUGUGUGCAUAUCCUACUGUCACCCUUUUAUGUUUCAAAAACUUUCUGAGUUUCUUUUGGUCUGGACCUUAUUUUGCAAUUUUUGGAAUCACCCUGGUCUCACAAUAGUUUGGGUACAAUUUCUCAUUGAAAUACUGUGGCUGGGGUGUCAACAGUAUUCAUUUUAGUUUGCAGCAAUGUAAGUUGUGCCAAACUCUUUUCUGAACCCGUCCUGGUCCACAACUAAUAAACUACUUGAACUGUUAUGAUGUAAGUUACUGUAAAGUGACUAUCCGCAGUACACAAUAUACCAACAAUAUUUCGUCGGAGAACUCAAUAACCAGCAACAAGCGAGAUAGGCACUCAUAUAUGAGAAUUGGUCUAUUAUUAUUAUUAUUCCCAUUUUUAUGAUCUCGAAGUAAAAAUCAGAUAAUUGAUUUAUCCCUUGACCAACAGUAGUGAAUACAUUCUUGAUGUAACGCAGCAAAAAUGAUUACAAUAGCAUGAUUCUUUGCACAAUACAAAGAAUUGCACUGCAUUAAGUCCGAUGAUACAGAUGGCAUUUGUUUAAAUAUUGUGUCACGAAUGUCUUUUUUUGAUUUGGUGUUUUCUUGACUUCAUCAACAUCAUUGUCAAUGUAGUUCAAAUUUUUUUAUUCAACUUUUCAUAGACUCUUGACAUCAGUCAGAGAUUGAUCUUCUUCAUGGUGGCCACAAACUGAGAUCUUUUCUUUGCAACCCCCACUAUACACUUCACUGUCCAGCAAUGCCCAAUAAAGUAUAUAAAUUGUGACCUUUUGCCUUGUGGUCCCCUUAUGCAUUUCCUGUCACCUCCAAAGAAUAUUUGAAUUUAACUGGAACUUAUGA